UAAUUGAUUUUGCGACAUCCAGAAAUGGGAAUAUCCAAAUAUUUGUCAUUUUAAUCAUCACACCUGAGUUUUUUACUACAUAAUAUGGGGGUGUUGGUGAAGAAAUAGUAAUGUCAAAUCAGUCAUCAAUCGUCAGAGGAAAAGAAGGGAUAUAAAAGAAUCUAAAGGAAAUUUACAAUGCCAUUUGGUUUAAAAUUUAAAAGAACCAGGCGGUAUGACAUUUCUACGAAGAACGUGUUUGUUGUUGGGGUGGAGAUGUUGGAUCAUUCCUACUUAGAGUGUACCCUGAACUCAGACAGCACUGGUCAGGAGUGUCUAGAGAGUAUUGCCCAGCGAAUAGAACUCAGCCAGACGCAGUACUUUGGCUUACGCUACGUGACAAAGAAGAUGCAGUAUCACUGGAUAGAUCUGACAAAGCCGUUGAAGAAACAGAUAGAGAAGAAUCUGCAGCCAGGUCACUCCCCGAGACUCUACUUCGGUGUCCUGUUUUACAUCCCAGGAGCUCACAAAAUUGUUGAUGAUGUUGCAAGAUAUCAGUACUUCCUGCAGUUGAAAACAGACAUAGUUGAGGGGAGAAUCCCAGUCAGUGUAGAGCAAGUUAUUCGUCUUGGAGCUUUCAGUCUACAAGCUGAGUUUGGAGAUUAUGAAUAUGAUAAACAACAGCAAGAAUAUUUUGAAGAUAAUGAUUUAUUUCCCAAGGCGAUGUACCGUGACGAGAAUGCCGUGGGAGAGAUGAUGCACGAGGUACUGAGUUCCUACACUAACCUCCAGGGAAUCCACCAAGUGAAGGCGGAGAUGCAGUACAUUAAGGAGAUCCAGAUGAUGGACGGCUACGGCAUGGAGUACUACACCGCUAAGGAUGAGAGAAGUAAAGAGUUGUACCUGGGAACUUCCUACACUGGUAUACUGGCCAGGUAUCUGGAUGGCUCGCCUACCAUAUGUUUCAGAUGGAAUGAAAUUGCCAGACUGACACAAAGCAAGAAAGUCCUGGAGAUAGACACAUCAAAGAGUUCCUGUCACUACACAAUGGAGGACUCAGAUACAGCCAAAUAUCUGAAGAGGAUGGGGUACCUUAUACAAAAGUUCCACAAAACCAACAAAAUGACUCCUAGUUCCAGUCUUGUUGACCUUUCUGACCUCACAGCUGACCAAGGACAGGAUGAUAUUCAAACAUCACAGCAAAUUUUCUCAGACCCAUUGACUCAGUCACAGACAUCACUGACCUACUCUCAACAUUCCGCUUAUUCUCAAGUGUCACAUGACCAGAGGUUUGAUCCAGAUUUAUCACAGUCUUCCAUUGAGGAUUUUUAUCGACAGUCACAGCAGAGCCUGGAGACAACUCAUAGUGAUGUUGUCCAUUAUUCUGGUGAUGGUAGCUUCACUCAUGUUAAUGGAGGUCAGCUGAUUACAGACAGCCCUGUGAUUGGUCAGCACACCCAUAUACAGAGAAGUGAAUCACACAGGUCCCCAGUGUUACCUGCAUACCGACCUAGCCCGAGCUACGAGGAGGUGAUGCAUCGUCGGAUGGGCCAACAACCUUCAGCAGUUCACGGUUCUCCGAUUCUUCAGCCACAUCAACAUCCAAACACGAUGCCCGACCUGUAUCCACAAACCUCCCCCCGACUUUUACAUGAGGCAGUGUUGAUGCAGCAGCCUGCCCCCAAUAUCAUGUAUAAUCCUGACGUUACUUAUACUACUGGGAAUGCAUACAUGACAAGUGAACUUGUGUCGUCCUACAGCAACAACACUAUGUAUGCCAACAGAGCAGCUUUUACAACAGAACUAGGUAACAGGGGAAGUAACUUAGUCAUUCAGCCCACAUACAGUUCACCAGAGUUGAAUUCCCAGUUACCUCAGUUCAGCAUUAAAGAGACUGAGCCCCUGUUGUACAAGCCACCUCCCCCUUAUCCAAGGUCUAGCACCAGUACCCCAGACUUGGCCAACCAGACGGUCAAAGGUCAUGUGGGGGAAAGUCCAGAUUUAGUGUCCAGGAAAACUCUCGGAGUGAAGACAAGUUUUAAUGGAAGUGUAGACAAUGUUCCCAAGGUUGUGACGGACCACAAUGAAUUAAAAACUUAUCAUACAAGUUCAGAAAAUGUUAUUCUUAACCAAGAAAGUGCAAUACUUCACAGAGAUACUACAGAUUCUGUGGAGCAAUCAUUAGUCUUGCCAGACAUUUCAACUUCAGCAGUCAGCCCUGAUAUCACAGUUCAACAGCCAGAGACAGAUGAUGCUUCUAGCGACCACUCUGGUGCCACAUUUCAUGUCAAAGACACAGACAGUGAAAAAGAAGAUGACCGAAGUCCUAAAUUAGACAGUGUGAAAUCAAAAAUUGCUAUCAAAUUUGUUGCUCCCAAUAAAGCCCCUCCGCCCUCCACCUCUAAGGAGCUCAUCACCCGGAGGGAGAGCUUCCGUCGUCAGAUGAUAGCAAGGACAACACAAGACAAUCCGAUCGGGAAGGAUGACCCUCAAGAUCCUGUAGUCAUUCCGGAGCACAAUGAUGGGAGUAGUGUUGUAGUCAAACCUACAACCAGUCAGUCCACAUUCAUUCGGCGAUUCUCCAGCCGAAGGUUGUCCCACAAGAAACCAGAUGUUCCCCCGAUCACUAGGCGAGCAUCAGACAUCGCCACAAAGUUUACAGGGCUGGAUGUAGUACCACCAGUGGGGAAUUAUGUCCGACAGGUCAGUGCAGAGUCUGAGGAACCGGUAGCUGCAGAGGAGGACAGUGAUUCAGAUUAUGAAAAGGAUGCCACAGUGAAACUGAAGAUGGGGCCUCUCAAGAUGGCUGCCAUGAAUGGUUUGACUAUGUCCCGACCAAUGGUAUUAGCUCUUAUGAAUGAUGAAAGCAGAGCUCCAAAGGAUGAAAGAAGGAAGCUUUUGGAAAACAAAUUGUCGGAGAACUUGGUUUUUAAGGAGUUUGAAGAAAUUCCUAAGAAAGUUCCAUCAGCAGAGUGUGUGGUGGCCAGACUUCCGGAGAAUGAGAGCCGGAACAGAUUCCGGGAUGUCCUGCCUUAUGACGUGACACGAGUUAAACUCACUCCAAGAAAAGACAACCACUCGGGUUAUGUCAAUGCUUCACACAUUAAAUUGUCUUUCGGAGACCGAAUGUGGUGGUACAUAGCAACACAGGCCCCCCUGGAGGAAACCACUACCGACUUCUGGCAGAUGGUCUGGGAACAGGAGGUGGAUGUCAUCGCCAUGUUAACAGACUUAUCGGAGCAGGGAAAACAGAAGUGUUACACCUACUGGCCUCAGGAGAUAGGUCAGGAGCACAAGAUUACAUUUGGACAGUUUGAGGUGACAUUGCUGUUCUGUAACGAUUCUCUGUGUUACAUCACCAACAGAAUAUCGGUGGUACACCUCCCCACCAAGAAGGAAAAACAGGUGUGGCAUCUUCAGUAUACUGACUGGCCAGACCAUGGCUGCCCUGAGGACAUGUAUGGCUUCCUAGGAUUUCUGGAUGAAGUCGACUCGGUUCAGCGACUGGCUGAGAGUGAGGAGGGAAGUGGAAAGAAAUCCCCCAUCCUGGUCCACUGCAGUGCGGGGGCGGGCAGAACAGGCGUGGUCAUCCUGACCCAGGUCAUGAAGUGGUGUCUGGAACACAACUUUGAUAUUGAUCUUCCUAAGGCCCUGGGUGCUAUACGCCAACAACGAAUGUUCAUGGUUCAAACAUUAGGACAGUAUAACUUCAUCCACAAGACUCUGAUUCAAUAUUUAAAGAACUCCAGACUCAUCUAAUAGCUAUAAGUAUAUAUGAAAGGAACUCUAUACUUGUCUGAAAACCAUCAAUAUCAAAGAAAUUCCAGACUUGUGUAAGCCCUAUCAGUAUAUGAGGAACUCCGAACUCGUAUACAGAACCCCAACAAACAAGGAGAACUCAAAAGCAUCCAGAAAAACGUCCGAGUAGUUAGAGUCAUCUGCGGUUCGUAUCUGAGAAAGAACAUUUCAUGAGAUUUGGAAUUUCCCUAGAGGAAUGAUUCCAAAGAAAGCUGGUCUUUUUAUCAACUUGUGAAAUAUUUCCUAGUGAAAUAAUUCCAAAGAAAGACUGGUCUUGUUAUCAACUUGUGAAAUAAUGCAGUAACCUUAAAUUAGAUACACUGUGUUCAUCGUAGGAUUCGUGACUUAUAUAUAUAUAGAAGUAUAAAACUCUCUUGCUCAUCGCCAGCAUGCAGUGUCAUUAUAUUUAUAUCGGUAUACAUGUAAAUGAUACUGAGCUAAAUCUCAGUUUGUCAACAUUUUAUAGUUAUUUAACAUGGAACUGAAUUUUAAUGACUUGUAUAUGUGUUUUGGAAGAAUUUCUAGAUCGAUAUUUGAUCACUCUAUUUUAUAGUAACAGUGAAAUGGUAUUUGUGAGUUCCUGUUUAAAGGUUGUAAACACAUGAGAUCAUAAUCAUGAAACCACUGUUUUUUAAAAGGUGGACUAGUUGGUUGAAAAUUUGAUUUAGAAAGAGAAUUAUUAAUGGUAAUCCAAAGAUCUUAAAUUCUUGAAACUGAUUUUAUGUUGGAAUUAAAAUUUAAUGUUUA